GCCCUACCCGCACCCAUUACCUCGGGGAUUCCUUGGCGUGGAUUGCGGGCCCCCAGGGCCGCGGCCUCGGCGCUGCGCCAGCCUCGCUGUUUCCCCCGCGGAGCCGCCGCCGGGUCCCCGAUCUUAGUUCCUCGGGACUUCUCUGGACCACAGUCCUCUACCAGACCCCUGCCAGACCCCAGCCCACCAUGAUCCAUCCGGGUCACAUCCUCUUCCUGCUUUUGCUCCCAGUGGCUGCAGCUCAGAUGACCCCAGGCUCCUGUUCCGGAUGUGGGUCCCUCUCUCUGCCGCUCCUGGCAGGCCUCGUGGCGGCGGAUGCGGUGGCGUCGCUGCUCAUCGUGGGGGCGGUGUUCCUGUGCGCACGCCCACGCCGCAGCCCCGCCCAAGAAGAUGGCAGAGUCUACAUCAACAUGCCGGGCAGGGGCUGACCCUCCUGCACCUUGGACCUUUGACUUCCGACCCUCUCCUCCUGGAUGAUGUGUGGUGCCACAGGAACCCCCCGCCCAAACUUUUGGAUUGUAAUAAAACAAUUGAAACACC